AGACGGAAGCGGCAGCCACUCCUUAGGCUUUCUGUAGCCAGCCUGUGUCCGAGGAAGGGGAGACGCUCCAUGCCCCCCGCAGGCUGGAGGAGAUGGAAGGACAAGUGGUAGGCGGGAUGCUCAGGCUCUUCCACAGCCGGCUGCCUCGACUCCGAGCAGGAUCUCUUCAGGAUAAUCCAAGGGACCCUGUAAAGGAGCCAGAAAGGCCCCAGGAUCAUUGUCUGCCCGCCUUCGCUGGAGGGCAACACUUCUUUGAAUACCUCCUCGUGGUUUCCCUCAAAAAAAAGAGUUCGGGGCCUGACUAUGAGCCCACCAUCACCUACCAGUUUCCCAAGAGGGAGAACCUGCUUCGGGGACAACAGGAAGAGGAGGAGCGGCUGCUCAGGGCCAUCCCCUUGUUCUGCUUCCCAGAUGGCAAUGAGUGGGCCUCACUCACAGAGUAUCCUAGGGAGACCUUCUCCUUUGUCCUGACCAACGUGGAUGGGAGCAGGAAGAUCGGCUACUGCAGGCGCCUCUUGCCCACCGGCCGUGGCCCUCGCCUCCCCAAGGUGUACUGCAUCAUCAGCUGCAUUGGCUGCUUUGGCCUGUUCUCCAAGAUCCUGGAUGAGGUGGAGAAGAGGGACCAGAUCUCCGUGGCGGUGAUUUACCCCUUCAUGCAGGGCCUCCGAGAGGCGGCCUUCCCUGCUCCUGGGAAGACUGUCACUCUCAAGAGCUUCAUCCCCGACUCGGGCACGGAGUUUAUCUCUCUGACUCGGCCCCUGGACUCCCACCUAGAACACGUGGAUUUUCGUUCUUUGCUGACGUGUCUCAGUGUUGAGCAGAUCCUUCAGAUCUUUGCAUCUGCGGUGUUGGAGAGAAGAAUCAUCUUUCUGGCAGAAGGUCUCAGCACCCUGUCUCAGUGCAUCCACGCUGCUGCCGCGCUCCUCUACCCCUUCAGCUGGGCACACACCUACAUCCCCGUUGUCCCCGAGAGACUCCUGGACACUGUUUGCUGCCCCACCCCCUUCAUGGUCGGAGUCCAAAUGCGCUUCCAGCAGCAGGUCAUGGAGAGCCCCAUGGAAGAGGUCCUGUUGGUGAAUCUUUGUGAAGGAACCUUCUUAAUGUCGGUUGGUGACGAAAAAGAGAUCCUUCCGCCUAAGCUUCAGGAUGACAUUUUGGACUCCCUUGGUCAGACGACCAAUGAGCCAUGGACUUCAGAACAGCUCAAUGAGCAUGUUUCGGGCCCGUUUGUGCAGUUCUUUGUCAAGACGGUGGGACACUAUGCUUCCUACAUCAAGCGGGAGGCAAAUGGGCAAGGCCACUUCCAAGAACGGGCCUUCUAUAAGGCUCUGAACUCCAAGGCCAUCCGCCGAUUUGUGAAGAAGUUUGUGAAGACACAGCUCUUCUCCCUUUUCAUCCAGGAAGCGGAGAAGAGCCAGACUCCUUCUGCAGGCUACUUCCAACGGAAGAUACUUGAAUAUGAGGAACAGAAGAAACACAAGAAAUCAAGGGAAAAGACUGUGAAGUAAGAGCUGUGGUCAACAGGAGGGACUGGACUCACAAGCCAGUUUUGGACUUUGGCGCCUGCCAGCACGGUGGGACUGGCGAAGCACACCACCUCCAGAAUCCACAGUCUUCUUCUGAGUCCUGGUAACCAGGUCUUGCUUUGAGCUGGCAUCUUGGGUUUGGGAUCCCUGGAAUCAGUUUCUCUGGACUCUGGAAGGCUCCAAGCUCUGUGCUCACAGGGCUGGGCUCCAAGGGGCAUGUCCUGCAUGGGAGAUGCGGAGCGGCAGACGGUAGUAGCACAGGGUAGGCGAGCCUCUGAAGUUGCUGUGACGGUCCUCUUCCAGGAACCACUAUUACUAAAUCCUCAACACGGAGAGCAGUUGUGGCCCAAAGGCUCAGUCUCUCCACAUAAAAAAGAAGUCUGUGGGCAUGUGAAGCUAAGAAUAAAGAUGAGUAUCUCCUUGUU